CAACUUUUCUUAAUAUCUAUAUACUAUUCCCUCUUUGAUUUUAUAAUUUAAGCUAUACAAAACAGUUCACAUUAUUGAUAUCUCGAAAAAUGAUGAACCCUUUUGAUUAUACGUGGAUGUUCGGUUUGACAACUGCUGUUGCAUUUAUGGAUGCCUAUGGUAUUGGUGCUAAUGACGUUGCAAACUCUUUUGCUACAUCUGUUGCUUCUGGCUCUUUAUCAUUAGGCCAAGCUUGUAUUGUUGCUUGCUUUACCGAAUUUUUAGGUGCUUUUUUACUCGGUGCAAAUACCGCAGACACCAUCAAGGGUGGUAUCUUGUCAGUCUCAAGAUUUGCUGAGACUCCCGAACUUCUUAUGUUAUGUAUGACUUGUGCUCUUACAGGCUCUGCUUUCUGGGUAAUUUUUGCUACUUCACGAGGUUGGCCUGUUUCUACUACUCAUUCGAUUGUGGGUGCUGUUAUUGGUGUUGGUAUUGCUGCUUUUGGUGGCAACUCUAUUAACUGGGGCUGGAAAGGUGUCGGUCAGAUUAUUUGCUCGUGGUUUUUGUCUCCGAUUUUGGCUGGUAUUAUAUCUGCUAUCAUAUACUCCAUCACAAAGUAUGGUAUCCUCCGUCGUAAAGAUAGUAUCAAGUGGGCCCUUCGUAUCAUUCCUGCUUAUUUCUUUUUUACGACUGCUAUUGAAGCCUUCUAUCUUAUCUACAAAGGAGCUCCCGGUACUAAAGCAUCAAAAAUGUCUGUCGGUGCAAUCGUUGGUAUUGCCUUUGGUAUUGGCGCAUUUUUUGCCUUAUUUGCUAUUUUCUUUUUUUGCCCUUGGUUAAAAAGACGAGUUGUUGGUCGUGAAGAGCUCAAAUGGUAUCAUAUUUUUGUUAUUCCAUUCGUUGGUCCUCGUCUCUCUAAAACAACUAUGCCUGAAACUGAUGUUGCGAUUCAUUCUGAAACUAUUAGCUCUGGCUCUUCUGACAACAAGGAAUUUCCCACUGAUACUAAGGAGGAUGGUGUUGUUCAAACAAGUGAAAUCGACGAGUCCCCUAAAGUUAUAAGUAUUAAAGACAAGAUUCUUAAUGUCCUUUUACAUGGUGUUAGAAAAGAUGUUCGUAAUUUGGGUAACUCACACGUCAAGUCUGUUCAUGAUGCCGCUGAAAUAUAUGAUAGUGAUGUCGAAUAUAUGUUCUCUUUCCUUCAAGUUAUCACUGCCUGUAUGGCUUCAUUUGCCCAUGGGUCAAACGAUGUUUCUAAUGCAGUCGGUCCAUUAUCAUCCGUUUAUCAGAUCUGGAAAACAGCUGAGGUUGAUCUUACCAACAAGGUACCUGUUCCUCUUUGGAUUCUUGCUUACGGUGGCUUUGCUAUUGAUGUGGGUCUUGCUACUUAUGGCUACAAGAUUAUGCGUGUUCUUGGUAACAAUAUCACACUAUUCACACCUACUCGUGGUUUUUCUGCUGAGUUAGGUGCAGCUUUAACAGUCUUGACAUGCACAAAACUCGGACUUCCUGUUUCUACCACUCAUUGUAUCACUGGUGCUACUGCUGCUGUUGGGUUAUGUAACGGCAAAAUGAGCGCUGUAAACUGGAAGAUGCUUGCUUGGUGUUUCUUUAGUUGGAUCUUAACUUUACCCGUAGCUGGUCUGGGUGCUGGUUUAUUAUUUUCUUUUGCCGCUUAUGCCCCUUCUAUUUUAGGAUAGAAUGACCCUUUUAUUCUUAAUAUCAACCACCCACAUUAUAACAAUUACUACUUUAAUACAUAAAUAGCGCUUUAACAUUUUUGAAUAUAUAUAUCACGGACUUUUCGAUCUUGCUCCAUUUCGAAGAAAGCUCGCACUGAGUUUUUUUUUUUUGUCUCGAGUCAGCAUUGAGCGGG